UAAUAAAAGCCUAUCAAUUCCUUCAAUUUUCAGAUGUAAUCCCAAAAAUAACUAACAACAGAAACUAUGUUUCAGUUGUUUGGUUACUUUUCCUUCCUCUCUUUCUUCCUUUUCCUCUGUUUUCUCCCACGUCUUUGUUUUCCCGCCAGAAUCACACCAGGGCAGGUAACUGUCAUAAAGACCGAUGAUCACCACGUUACGUGGCUUAAUUUUACUCGCUUUAAGGAUGCCGGGAAAGGUAGCCACGUUAGCGGCAUGUCGGAACUCAAGAAAUACUUCCAACGGUUCGGCUACCUAUCGAUUCCGGACAACCAAAACGACAGCUUCACUGACGUUUUCGAUGCUCAAUUAGAAUCAGCUAUAAUUUUGUACCAAAGGAAGUUCGGGUUGCCGGUAUCCGGAAAGCUCGAUUCCGAAACGAUAUCGACGAUCAUGUCACCGAGGUGCGGAGUUUCGGACACCGGUCCUGAACUCCAUGCUACCAAACACUUUGCCUAUUUUUACGGAAGGCCAAGAUGGGACCGUGGUUCGCCUAUGACUUUAACGUACGCUUUCUCACCUUCGAACAUGAUCGAUUACAUAAGCUUACCAAGAAUCAGAGCAGUGUUUCAACGCUCGUUUUCGAGGUGGGCUUCGGUGAUUCCGGUGAUCUUCACCGAGAUAGACGAUUACGGAUCGGCCAAUAUCAAGAUCGGAUUCUUCAGCGGCGACCACGGCGACGGGGAACCGUUCGAUGGGGUUUUAGGAGUGUUAGCUCACGCUUUUUCGCCAGAGAACGGGAGGCUCCACCUGGAUGAAGCAGAAACGUGGGCCGUUGAUAUCGGGAAAGAGAAAUCAAAGUCGGCCGUUGACUUGGAAUCAGUGGCGACGCAUGAGAUUGGUCAUAUACUCGGCUUGGCCCAUAGCUCGGUGAAGGAAGCCGUGACGUAUCCUAGCUUGAGGCCUCGGAGUAAAAAAGUGGACCUUAAGCUUGACGAUGUGGAAGGUGUUCAAGCGUUGUAUGGAUCGAAUCCCAACUUCAAAUACAGCCCUUUGUUGGAGUCUGAAUAUUCUACUAACAAAGCAAUUGGCUUGCAGUGUACAACAUGUAGCUGCACAUUCUCAUGGCUAGUGCUACUUUUCUCUCUUCUUUUCAUCGUUACAUAA